UACCAACGAAAGCUAGCAAGAGCCGAACAGCAUUCAAAAGCACUAUUUUGCGAACUGUCCUACGUUCCUGGUAGGCUAUAGUUAUCUCGAGCCUUUCAUUCUUCCAGAAUAAAAAGCAGAUAGAACAAACAGGCACACUAUGGCAUCCAGCGAGACCGACGAUUCCGAGAUUGAGGAGGUGGUUCCGCCCCAGGGGCACCGUCGUAACAGCGGCAGGCCGCGCCAUUCACAUCUCAACCAAGGCGGAAGUCAGCCUUCGUCCUACCAACAAGCUGGGGCUUUGUUGGUGGCACAGCGACAACAGGAAGCAGCGGCGAUGGUGGCGCAUCACGCCCACGCCAGUCGAGCUGCCGCAGCGAUGGCGGGUCGGCGACCGCUGGGACCGGUGGAGCUGGGACUGCUCCAGCAGCGCCACCAUCAUGUUCAACAGCAACAACAAGCCGUCUUGGCGCAGCACGCGUAUGCGGCUCAACGUCAACAGCAGCAGCAUUUGCUAGCGGCGCACGAGCAACAACGACUCGCCACGGCUGCAGCAGUCCAAGCCGCCAUGGUCCACAAGCUCCAAAUGGCCGGUGUGCCGGAGGCGGAAGCGGUGAUUCGUGCGUCGCAGGCACACUACGCGGCAUACGGCCCGACGCCCGGAUUAUUCCUGCCAUCGCCGCCUCUACACUCGGUAGAAGGACUUUCCAAGCCUACCGAGGCGGAUAUGCAUCAGCUUCGGUCCUUGCAUGAAGCACAAUUGGGGCGGGCUGGCCAUGGUAGGGUUCCUUCCGAAGGACAGGAACCAUCCGCUCGAGAACGAUUUUUCCGCGAGGAACGGGAACGGCGGGAGAAACAAGCUCGUGAUCGUGAACCAGAGGAGGAAGCUGCCCGCACGCAGAAAUUUAUCAAAGAAUCGGCCCUUCAUCGUGAACGAGUGGUGGAGCCGAUUCGGUCCACAGAAAGUCUUAAGGAGCAAGCAAAUUACGAACAGCGCCAUAAUGCGCACCGGCGACGCGAGGAAGAGGAAAGGAGGGAGUUGGAUGAGCGCCGGCGGGCUCGUGAAUCGUUUCAUCAGGGCAACAUACAGAAAGUCGAGAAGGUGGAAGAGGAAGACGACGACGAAGUCUCGGUGGAGGACGUUGUGGCUAUAGAUGGCGAAAAAAAUGAAAUCAUUCGAAAGCAAGAGGCCUACCGUCAACGCUACGAAGAACUCUCUCGGCGGGAAAGUGGACGAGCAAGACAGACGGACCACCUUAGGAAGACAGUGGUUCCGCAGCGUGUCAAAACAAAUUACACCUCUGAAGCCAGUCGUGACCAAAAGGAGGAAAUAUGGCGCUGGGAUGUAGAAAACAAGCGUGAACAGUACGAAAAAGAAAAAAAACGCCAGCAGCAUGCUCAUGAAGCCCGCAAAAACUUUUUAGAAGAAUCAAAGCAUGAACCAGCGGGAUCUUUUUCGCCGCGACCAUCGCUUAAUACGGAGAAGCCCUCUUCUUCGGAGGACAGCCAUGAUGGCAAGCGGCACACGGAUGAAGAUAUCUCUUUACAUGCAAAACGGCAGAAAACUCAAAGUUCUGUCACAGUCCACAAAAGUGCUGACUCUGAAGCCUCGACGAACACUUCAACUUUGCCUGCCUCCUCGUUAGAGAAUUUAUCAGGUAUUCAAACACCCAUCGAUAUCGAAAAUAAGCACAUUGCAAACUUUUUGCUCGGUAAACAUGGCUACAAAGAAGAAUUCUUGCCCAAAGUGGUCGUCAUGGCUCCUAUGCGCUGGCGCACAAUCGCUGAAAAUGUGCAGUACGAGCUCCAAGGGAUGGAUCCUAUGCCGUCUUCACGAGUGAUGUCGUCCCCAAGCAAACGCUCGACUCAACUAAUGGCCGAUGCUGGGGAAGUCGAGAAAGCUUCGUCAUCUCAGAUGAGUCUUCAAAUCGACGAGUCAAAAGCACACUCGGACGCCGCCAACAAUUCGUCAAGCAAUCUGACCAGAGCACAGGAAUACCAUGCGUACAUGCGAGGUCGUGCGAGAGAAGCCGAGCUCAAAGUAGCCCUGAAAGCCGAAAAGCGCCAUUCGGUCGCGUUGUUUGACACUGUGAAUGCUUUACGAUUGGAAAUCAACACACUGAAAGGAAAUAGAAAAGCUGCAGGUCCGCCUAAAGAUCUGCGCAAAGCAUUCGCAUUGGAGAGGCAGAAGGUCGCUUCGUUACAGGAAACCAAUUAUGUGCUCAGCACUAAGAUACGAACUUUGCAGGAAGGUGGAAAGACUGACGGAGAGGACGCGGAUGAGAAGAUUCGCGAAAUCCAGCGCUCCACUGAAGGUGCGUUGCGAGCCUACAUGAGAGCAACAGUCCAUUCGUUAAAGGCUAUUUGCCAUGAUUAG